AUGGGAGAUUCCUACAGCAACACCUCUGGCUCCCUCUCCUUCAUCCUGACUGGAUUCCCGGGAUUGGAGGAUUCCUUGUAUUGGAUGUUUAUUCUGCUGGGAGCCCUCUACUCUGUUUCCAUACUAGGAAACUCCCUGAUCUUGGUCAUCCUCAAGGAGGAGCAGAGCCUGCACCAACCCAUGUACUAUUUCCUGGCUAUGCUGUCCAUCAAUGAUCUGGGAGUGAGCUGCUCAACUCUGCCCACGGUCCUGGGCACCUUCUGCUUCAACGUCAGGGAGGUUGGCUUCGAUGCCUGCAUGGCCCAGAUGUUCUUCAUCCACUCGUUCUCCUUAAUAGAGUCAGGCAUUCUGCUAGCCAUGAGCUUUGACCGCUAUGUGGCCAUCUGUAACCCACUCAGAUACUCAGGGAUACUGACCAGCAGCAGUAUUGUCAAGAUGGGUUUGGCCGUUUUAGCACGCAGCUUCAUUUUGAUCCUUCCUCUACCCUUCCUCCUGAGAAGAUUGCCAUUUUGCAAGGCCAACAUCCUGCAUCACGCCUACUGUCUCCAUCCUGACCUCAUCCGCCUGCCCUGUGGGGACACCACCUUCAACAGCUUAUUUGGCCUGUCCAUCCUGGUCUCCACAUUUGGACUGGACUCCGUGCUCAUCUUCCUCUCCUAUGUCCUGAUCCUCAGGUCUGUCCUGACCAUUGCAUCCCAGGCAGGGCAAUCCAAGGCCCUCAAUACCUGUGUCUCCCACAUCUGUGCGGUGCUCAUUUUCUACAUUCCCAUGGCGGGUGUGUCCAUGAUUCAUCGGUACGGGAAAUGGGCCCCUCUAUUCGUUCACACAUUGAUGUCUAUUGUCUACCUCUCUGUGCCACCCAUGCUCAACCCCAUCAUAUACAGCAUCAAGACCAAGGAGAUCCGCAAAAGGAUGGUCAAGAUGCUCACUGGUGCUUUCAGGGUGUGCUGGGGGAGGAUUGCCCUCCAAGACAGUGAAUCAGUCAGGGAUGCUUUUGCAGCCAUCUACGGUUUUGAAAACCUGAUUACCUCUUUGAUGGAAAACUUCCAUAGCAGAAAACAAACCAAAUAUCAAUGGCAGUCACGUGCUGUUACAGGGAACCCAGUAGAUGUGACUGCCGCUGUUCUGGCUAACCACAGCACAGCCUGA